CGAGCGCGGGAGGGAGGAGGGACGCAGGAGCGCGGGUCCCGGCUCUCCAGAUCGCAAACUCCGAGCCAGAGCUUUCCGCGCGCGCCCGAGCCGCUGGCUGCCCGCGCGGACCGACGCGGAACCCGGGCGCAGCCGGAGUCCGUCUAGGGUGGGCGCGGGGGCGGCGGCAGCGGUCCAUGAGGCGGGCUCGGGCUGCCCGGCGCCUGGAACCACGAGGGGCGAGGCGAGGCGGCCGCUGGCCGCUCAGGACGUGGACCGCCAGGCAGGAAGUGAAUCUGAAGUCUUGGACCUGGUAGCUGAGCGAUCUGGUGGGAUGCCUGUUGGAAUUUGGAGUAAGAGAAACAGAGACCCAAGAGAGGUCUAAGGAAUUAUCUUGUCCAACUGUCACGUCGCAACUGAAGGCACCCAGACACAGAAUAGUCGAAAGAUGUUUCAAAGGUUGUACAGUGCUUAAAACCUGCACAGCCUGCACCUGUCUUCUCCCUCGCUGAUAAAGGAGUUUGAACACCACUCCCACCUGUAGGAAAUUGGCCCCAUCUCCCAGGAGCCUUUGCUUUUCCCUUGGACCACAGCAUCAUGUUUCCCCAUUUCAUGGGGUCUCUCAGUGUCCUGGGUUCCCUGCUGCUGCUUGGAUUCCAGCUCGGCUGCCCACAUCCAUCCACUGAGCACAGAAAGGUCCCUCAGCGGAUGGUAGCAGCCGAGGGCGCCCCCGAGGACAGCGGUGGCGGAGUCCCAGGCGUCUGGGGCUCCUGGGGCCCCUGGUCCGCCUGCUCCCGCAGUUGCAGCGGUGGUGUGAUGGAGCAGACCCGGCCUUGCUUGCCCGGAUCUUACCGUGCGCGUGGCAGCCCGCGACCCGGAGCUCCGGCGCACGCCUUCUCCGGCCACGUGGUGUCGGCUGUGCGCACGUCGGUGCCGCUUCACCGGAGCCGUGAAGAGUCGCGCGGCCCAGCCGGCAUCAAUGCCAGCCGCCAGGGCCCGGUGGUGAGGGGCAGCCGGCAUCCCCAAGCACGGGCCCGAGAACCCAUGGCGGACAGAAGCAGCAGGACCCGAGGUCCCAUCGGCCCUGGCAAGUAUGGCUAUGGGAAGGCCCCGUACAUCUUACCACUGCAGACGGACUCCGCACACUCACCGCAGAGGCUUCGGAGGCAGAAGCCCUCAUCGCGGCAAUCCAGAUCCCAGGGGGCAUCUAGUCCUAGCCAUGGCUAUAGCCCGCCAGCCCACCGGGCCCCCCACCAUGGACCUCUGUACCAGAGUGACAGUGGCCCUCGUUCUGGACUGCAGGCCUCAGAGACCUCCAUCUACCAGCUCCCUUUGACCUAUGACCAAGGCUUCCCUGCAGCUUCAAGUCUCUUCCACAGCCCAGAACUUAGUAGCAGCCAUGCCAUGGGGGCCCCCAGGGCAGCCCAGAGCUUUUCCCAGGCAGGCCGGUCCGCAGCCAUCUCCUGCAUUGGGGCCUAUCGCCAGUACAAGCUGUGCAACACCAACGUGUGUCCAGAAAGCAGCAGAAGUAUUCGGGAGGUACAGUGCGCAUCCUACAACAACAAGCCAUUCAUGGGCCGCUUUUAUGAAUGGGAGCCAUUUGCAGAAGUAAAGGGCAACCGGAAGUGUGAGUUGAACUGCCAGGCAAUGGGCUACCGCUUCUACGUGCGGCAGGCAGAGAAGGUCAUUGACGGCACCCCCUGUGACCAGAACGGCACGGCCAUCUGUGUGUCUGGGCAGUGCAAGAGCAUCGGCUGUGACGACUACCUAGGCUCGGACAAAGUAGUGGACAAGUGCGGGGUGUGUGGAGGCGAUAACACGGGCUGUCAGGUUGUGUCGGGCGUGUUCAAACACGCCCUCACCAGCCUGGGCUACCACCGCGUGGUUGAGAUUCCCCAAGGAGCCACAAAAAUCAACAUCACCGAGAUGCACAAGAGCAACAACUACUUGGCCUUGCGAAGUCGUUCUGGCCGCUCCAUCAUCAACGGGAACUGGGCAAUUGACCGGCCCGGAAAAUACGAGGGCGGAGGGACCAUGUUCACCUACAAGCGUCCAAAUGAGAUUUCAAGCACAGCCGGAGAGUCCUUUCUGGCCGAAGGUCCCACUAAUGAGAUCUUGGAUGUCUACAUGAUACACCAGCAGCCGAACCCAGGAGUCCACUAUGAGUAUGUUAUCAUGGGGACCAAUGCCAUCAGCCCCCAGGUGCCACCUCACAGGCGACCAGGGGAGCCCUUCCAGGGCCAGCGGCUGGCAGAGGGGCGGAGCCCGGAGCCGCGGGGAGAAGGGAAGGAGAGGACCGAGGGGAAGGAAGACUCGCGCGGUGGGGCCCCUGAAAUACUCACCUCGGAAUCAGCGCAGACCUUCGCGGGGCGGCAGCCAGACAGAUUUUCUGCCCACCGGCCAGACAGCGCGGUGCCACCAGCACCACAGCCCCCACGACGAAGCCGGGAUCACAACUGGAAGCAGCUCGGCACCACGGAGUGCUCCACGACCUGUGGGAAAGGAUCGCAGCACCCUGUUUUUCGCUGUGUGCACAGAAACACUCACGAGGAGGUCCCCGAGAGCUACUGCGACUCCAGCAUGAAGCCGACCCCCGAGGAGGAGCCCUGCAACCUCUUCCCCUGCCCAGCCUUCUGGGACAUCGGGGAGUGGUCGGAGUGCAGCAAAACCUGCGGCCUGGGCAUGCAGCACCGCCAGGUUCUGUGCCGCCAGGUGUACGCCAACCGCAGCCUGACCGUGCAGCCCUACCGCUGCCAGCACCUGGAGAAGCCCGAGACCACCAGUACCUGCCAGCUCAAGAUCUGCAGCGAGUGGCAGACCCGCACGGACUGGACUCCGUGCUCGGUGCCCUGUGGGGUGGGGCAGAGGACCCGAGACGUGAAGUGUGUGAGCAACCUCGGGGACGUGGUUGAUGACGAGGAAUGCAACAUGAAGCUCCGGCCCAACGACAUUGAGAACUGUGACAUGGGACCCUGUGCGAAGAGCUGGUUCCUCACCGAGUGGAGUGAAAGGUGCUCAGCAGAGUGCGGGGCUGGAGUGCGGACGCGCUCGGUGGUGUGCAUGACCCACCACGUCAGCAGCCUGCCCCUGGAGGGCUGUGGGAACAACCGGCCAGCAGAAGCCACCCCGUGUGACAAUGGGCCCUGCACUGGCAAAGUGGAGUGGUUUGCUGGGAGCUGGAGUCAGUGCUCCGUGGAGUGUGGGAGCGGGACCCAACAGCGGGAGGUGAUUUGUGUUAGGAAGAGUGCAGACACCUUCGAAGUGCUGGACUCCUAUGAAUGUUCUUUCCUGGACAGACCCCCCAGCCAGCAGUCCUGCCACCUCAAGCCUUGCGGGGCCAAGUGGUUUAACACAGAAUGGAGCAUGUGCUCCAAGAGCUGCCAGGGUGGCUUCCGGGUCCGUGAGGUGCGCUGCCUGUCAGACGACAUGACCCUCAGUAAUCUCUGUGACCCUCAGCUGAAACCAGAAGAGAAAGAAUCGUGCAACCCUCAGGACUGUGUCCCUGAAGUCGACGAAAGCUGCAAGGACAGGUACUACAACUGCAACGUGGUGGUGCAGGCCCGCCUCUGCGUCUACAACUACUACAAGACCGCCUGCUGCGCCUCCUGCACCCGAGUGGCCAACAGGCACCCGGGCUUCCUGGGAAGCAGAUAACACCCUGCACCCACCCGCCGCCGAGCAGCAAGUCUGGGAGCAGGGUGACCGGGGGCUGCUGCUCCCCCCGGGGCGCCCUGGCCCAGGGCGCUGCCAGCCGCGGGUCACCGGCCCUGCCUUCCUAAAGUGUGUGCGCAGGGCCCGAAGCAGAGCCUUGCUGUGAGCAUCGCUGCCAACGGACGACCCCUCUGCGGGAAGCCUGGCGCCCGCUAACGGCGCUCUGCGGAAACCAAGCAGUGGGGCGGACCUGCGGCAGCUCUCAGCCAACUCCCUCCUGGCACUUUCUAAGUCGGUGAUCGCCCUCACUGGGCGGGCGCUGCCUCCUCUCCGGUGCUGCUGGCCUCUCCGCGGUCAGCGGCCCCUGGAGUCAGAGGAGGCAGCGCCCCUACCCCGGGGCCCCACACAG